AUGGGAGUACCACAGAUCUGGGAGCUAGUUAAACAGACUAACUCUGUUGAGAGAGUCACGUUUAAGACCAUUAUACCGAGAGUUAAAGUUGCGGUAGAUGCUUAUCAUAUUUUGUUCGAAUGCGGAUUCUUUAAUGAAAGUGCUAAUUAUGGGAAAGCCUAUUUAAACUUGAUAUCACGACUGAGAGAGUUGAUAAGUCUAAAUGCCUUCUUCCUCCUGAUUUUUGAUGGACAUGUUAAACCCACUAAGGUGAGAAAUGCGGGAUAUGGGGGUGAUUAUGAACCAGAGUUCAUGAAUUUGAUCAAAUCACUCUUGAACCUCUUCCACAUAUCAUAUGUAACAGCAAUUGGGGAAGGAGAAGCUUACUGUUGUUGGGUUACGAAACAGUUAAAUGAUCAAUUAGACUACGUUUGGAGUAAUGAUUCUGAUGUACUUUUAUUUGGUGGGAUGAAGGUUUUGAAAAAUUAUUCAAGGUUUGUUAAUGAUAUUGGAGUAACUAAUGUCAAUGGAGAUACAAAUGAGAAAAAUCAUGAAAAUCUUAUCACUUUUGUUGACUAUGACGAAUUAACAAGGAAGCAUAAAAUGCUGAAUCGAGAAAGGUUACUUUUCUAUAGUGUACUACUAGGAGCAGAUUAUAACCAAGGUGUCAAAGGUCUGGGGAAGGACAAGUGUCUCAAAAUUGUCCAAUUGACUAAUCCUGAUUUUGCAAUGCGGUUCUAUAAUAUAUUCAGCAAUACCCGUUCAAAUGACAGUACGAAAACCAGUAAAUAUAUAAAAUUUCAAAAAGAUUUAUUUGCAUAUUGUCAGAAAAAUUCAGUUGAGCUAUUUGGCAGGAAUUAUUCAAAGACCUUACUGAGUGCAGAAAGGGAUAAUUUUGAAGGUUGGCCAGCUGUAGAAAUUGUUUCGUAUUACUUCCAUCCAUUGUUGGACACUAACUUUGACAAGAGACUUCUGUGUAAGGAAAUGUUCUCAAACAUUAAAGACAGUAAAAUUUAUGAAAAGAUCGAUUUCUUUGAAUUGAAAACCUGCUUGGAACAAUUGAAAAUGCCAAGUAUUACUGAUUUUGAUAAAUGGUUCCACUCUUUAGUACACGAAAUGUUUUUAGUCAAAUUUCUAGUCAAUGAAGAAGGCAAAAUGGAUUUUAUGAAGAAUAAACUUCUGAAAAUCACUGAAGAGAAAGUGAACUACGUAAAUAAUAACAUAAAAUUGGCGAUUCCCUAUUGGAAAGUUCGAUAUAAUACUUUCCUUCCUGGAGUGUCUCCGUCUCAAAAAGUGAGUAAAAAUAGGAGCCCUAGCCCCACAAGAAGUCCAAGCAAACGACAAAUUGAUAUUUAUGAAUAUAAAUUCUCUAUGUGGGUACCGAAAGUGUGUAUACCUCCUACACACAGUCUGGUGAGGGAUUUCCAAAGAAGACAAGAUGAAGAGAGGAAAGAGGAAGAGAAAAACAAAAAAUUGAAGUUGUCAAGAAUAUCACCAAAGAAACGGCUAAGUAAUUACAAGCAGAAGAACAAUUUGGAUGCAUUUCUCAAGAAACAUGCUACUCCAAUGAAAAGGGAACUUCAGAGUUUGAAAUUGCAACCGGCGCCACCUCUACAAUCAAUUAAGAGGAGAUUGUUUGUUGAAGCGGAUGAAGAAGAUGAAGAACAAAAUGACACUGAAGAAGAAGAUUCUCUGAUGAUCUUGGAAGAAAACAUUAUUACCAAUAAUCCACUCUCGAACAGAUCUCCUCAAAAAAGACCCAUGGGGCCCUUCGAGAAACCGACGGUGUCGCCAUUGAGCAAGGGAAUACCGCUAUUGAAGAAGCAAUGCUCCUUUAAAGAAGAUGAUAACGCUUCAGAAGAACCUUUGGUCACUGUUUCUGAUGCCACGGUAGAUCCGAAUGUCUCAUUGGAGUCGUCACAGCAGCAACAACAACCGGGUAAUAUAUACGGUGAGCUUACAUCCAAUGCCAUUGACUUUACCAGCGAGUACCUCAACGACACGGAAAGUUCCUCCAUGAAUACUGGCUCAGACUGGGAGUUUGACUAG